CGAGGGGAGGUGUGCGGGCGGGCGUGAGGGCCGCCGGCAGUCACUCCUCGGCCCGUGGCGGUGCGGGUGACGACUGGCCUGUCACCACCCAUCCCGACACCCGCUCUCACCGUGUGCCCACGCCCCUUUUUGUUGACAUCCACCCCUUCAUCUUUAUCUAUCAGCGAGCAAGGGUGCCGCUGACACUAUCUAUCGUCUGCCCACGCCCGCCCACAUCACCCCCAGGGCGCGGGUGACGGAAGGAUGGAUGCCCAGUGCUACCAGGGUGUUGUGGGAGGCUCCUACGGGCACGCACAGGAGCGUGGGGCAGGUGACGUGAACAUGAUGGGCGGUGUGGGCGGCAUGGCAGGUCAGGGGCCUGCCCACACCGCCCUUUUACCACCCCGCACCACGGACUGCUGCUACGAGUGGGCGUCCCUCCCUGCCCACUACUCAACACCCAUGAAGGAAAUGGAAGCGUGCCUUCUGUCGGCUGGAAAGGGACGCGAUGAUUACAGCGGGGGCGGCGGCAUUGACUACCCCCACCCACCUCAGUCUGCGUGUGGGGAUGUGCUACUGUCCAAGGCGCCCCGCUCCCCGCACUCCCCCCCUCAAAGACCACAAGGAAGAGGACGUCCCUCAGCUUGUCGGGGUCAGAGAAGGGCUCCCCACACCUGCAGGAGGGAGGCGGCGCUGUCCCCCAAGAAGCCCCUGCACGCCCCGCUUGGUGAACGUCUCUGCGACCCUGGAAAUGAAGUCACUGUGGGAUGAAUUCAAUGAGCUGGGCACCGAGAUGAUUGUGACCAAGGCCGGCAGGCGCAUGUUCCCGACGUUCCAAGUCCGCCUGAUGGGGAUGGACCCGACCAGUGAUUAUAUGCUCAUGAUGGAUUUCAUUCCUGUAGACGACAAGCGCUACCGGUACGCCUUCCACAGUUCGUCAUGGAUUGUGGCGGGGAAGGCAGAUCCCAACUCGCCUCCACGCAUUCACGUCCACCCAGACUCUCCCGCGAAGGGCGCCCAGUGGAUGAAGCAGGUGCUCUCCUUUGACAAACUAAAGCUCACCAACAACCAACUUGAUGAUAACGGCCACAUCAUCCUCAACUCAAUGCACCGUUACCAGCCGCGCUUCCACGUCGUCUACGUCAACUCCAAGUCAGAGGACGUGUCGGCCACUCAGAACUUCAGCACCUUCAUCUUCCAGGAGACCAAGUUCACUGCCGUCACUGCCUACCAGAACCACAGGAUAACACAGCUGAAAAUCGCCAGCAAUCCGUUUGCCAAAGGUUUUCGGGACUGUGAUCCGGACGAAUGUGUGGUGGAGGUCCUGAACCAGCUGCAGCAGCCCGGUGGGGGAGGCGGAGGAGGCGGGGGUAUGGGUCUGCAGCAACGGGGAGGCGGGGGGGUGGGGGUGCGUGGCCAGCAGCAGGGGGUGCAGCAGCGACACCCCCUACCCCCCUAUAUUGCCUACAACGCUGCCAAGGAAAGUAAAGACGACAGCGAGACGGAAGGCGGCCUGGUGUCCCGCAUGAUGGGUGGGCAAGGCAUGGCAGGGGCGGGGGCACUCCUGCAGACUUCCCCGAACACGGCGGCGGGAGCCCGGGGCACCUCAGAUGGGACGGGGCAGUGCGGGGCCCUGAACCAGCCCUACGCCGGGGAGAUGUGUUCUUACGGCCCUAUGUACGGUGCCUACGGGUAUGGCGGCAUGAAGGCACGCACCUCCCCAUAUCCCCGCACCUCCCCCGUCUAUCCACCACCCUACCCGACGCCUCCGCAGCUUAACACGCAGCUUUACCGCCAGCCACACGCCUACCACGACUACUCCUCCAGAUAGAUGCCUUCCUUACAGUACUAUCCGUUCCAAGUGCCUUCCCACACCUCGCCAGGAGCUUCACAGACCCCGCCUCGACGUGCCCUCCGCCCGCGACGUGCUGGAGCGUUACCUCGGCCACAGGAAGCCUGACUCGUGAUCACAUGUGCGGAAGUCAUCUUCUGGAGUGGAUCAUAAUACUGACAUGGUAGUGAGUAAGGACAUUAACAUAUACUCGUACUUAUCAUCAUCCUCAUAAAAAGUGGUCUCAAGAAAGUGAUGAAAGCAAUAAUUAUUUUGGAUGAUAAUAAAGAAAAUAUUAUGUAUGCAGGAGGACAGCAAUUAGUGCACCAAGAAAGGAGAGUAAAGACACAAGCAGAGCGGUGCACCCACAAACUGUACACUUAUAAUAGCGACAGAAAAAAAUAAUAAUAAUUAUGCAUAGUGAUAAUAUUUCUGCUGACGAAAAACACGAGCUUGGAAGUGCAGAAACUGUGUGUGUGUGUGUGUGUGUGUGUGUGUGUGUGUGUGUGUGUGUGUGUGUGUGUGUGUGUGUGUGUGUGUGUGUGUGUGUCUGUCUGUCUGUCUGUCUGUUAGUGUAUGUGUUGUGACAUGAACAGCAGGUAGUGGAAAAGUGAGGAGAGGAGGUCAACACACACACACACACACACACACACACACACACACACACACACACACACACACACACACACACACACACACACACACACACACACACACACACACACACACACACA